ACAUUAGCAAACGACUUCAGCAAUAAAAGUGAAACUCGUCAAACUAGACGCGGAUUUUGAUGUCUUCUCGGAUAAUGUAUUAAAAAACAACCCAAGAAACUUUGUUUACAUAAAAAUCGGGACAAUUAUCCGGUGAUCCGAGAGUGAAACCUGCAGCGCUUUGGGAAGUUCCCCUGUGAUAGGAAUAUUUCAAUAUGGAUUUGGGAGAAAAGCUAAAGGAGCUUAACAUGUCGGUGGAUGAAAUUAAGAGUCUAACAAAGGCUUUUAAAGAUGAGAAAUUUAGAGAGAUGCUGCGUGAUUACGCUGAAGAGAUAGCAGAUCCAGAGAAUAGGAGGAUUUAUGAAGAGGAGAUCGCCAUGUUGGAGCAAGAAAGGGGAAACAACGUCGAGUUUGUCCAUCCGCAGCCAUUCAGGGCCCUGAAGACCAGUCUGAACCGCAAACAGAAGUGCUACAUCAACAUAUGUGGCAAUGACAAAGUUGGGAAGCCUGAAUGUAAGAGUGGGGUGUCUAAGGAAGGUCGCCGAGGGCAAUGCUGGUCACUUCCUCAUAAUCUGACCCCAGGGAGGCAAGACACAGAUCCAAAAGGAAACAAAAUCAUGAUUUAUGAUGUUAUUUUCCAUCCUGACACCCUCCACAUAGCAAAUAAAAACUCAAAAUUUAUGGAAAUGGUGAGCAGCACGGCCCUGAAGGGAAUCCAGGAUGCCUUCAAGGUGACUUUAGACGAAAACAACAUGAAGGAGUUGAAGACAAAGUACAAGGGCAUGCCUCAUCCUUGUGUCAUUCGAAAACCCAUCCCUGGAUUCAAACCAAAUGAUCCUGCUCAAGAUCACCCUCUUGCCUUCCCAUAUCCAGAUGAAAAACCACAAAAACCCAGCCCUGAUCCCAAACCUAGGAAUUACGAGAUCCAACAUGAAAAAAACACACAGCCCACAGAGCCAAGCUAUUCUGUAAAAUACAGAUCCUUCAUUGACCUGCAGGACUUCAGGUGCUCCAGAGAUUCGGCAAAGAGCCCCAGGCCCAAAGAGAUCAUCAUCACUAUAGAUGUUCCGCUCCUGAAGUCAGUAGCAGAUGUUAACCUGGAAGUGAAGGAGAAAAACCUACUUCUGGAGUCUCAGACCCCUGCCUACAAACUGGAGCUACCUUUGUCCUACCCUGUGGACGAGGAGAGAGGAGCGGCCAAGUUCAUCAAGCAGAAAGGACAGCUGACUGUGACCCUGCCUGUCCUUCCGUCCAAAGAGGCCACAGAGUUCUUUGCUCAGUGUGCUGAUGAUCAUAAAGGGACAGACAGAGACAUGGAGGACGGGGGCAAACAGAUGGAAGGCAUGGAAAGUGAAGUUUGUGACGAGGAGAUGAAGAACGAGGAGGAGGAACCUGUGAAAGAAGAUGUAAUUGUUGAGGAGGAGCAGUUGACAGAGAAACUAACAAAUCAAAAACAUGUGGAGAAGCAGCAGAAAGAAAAGCUAUAUGAAAAAGAAAGGGUGGAGGAGGUGGAGGGGCAUUUGCAGGAACCUGGAGAACAACAAGAAAUGAGCAGUCAAAGUGAAGUCAGUGAGGAGAUGAAGAACGAGGAUGAGGAACCUGUGAAAGGAGAUGUAAUUGUUGAGGAGGAGCAGUUGACAGAGAAACUAACAAAUCAAAAACAUGUGGUGGAGCAGCAGAAAGAAAAGCUAUAUGAAAAAGAAAGGGUGGAGGAGCAUGUGCAGGAACCUGGAGAACAACAAGAAAUGAGCAGUCAAAGUGAAGUCAGUGAGGAGAUGAAGAACAAGGAUGAGGAACCUGUGAAAGAAGAUGUAAUUGUUGAGGAGGAGCAGUUGACAGAGAAACUAACAAAUCAAAAACACGUGGAGGAGCAGCAGAAAGAAAAGCUAUAUGAAAAAGAAAGGGUGGAGGAGCAUGUGCAGGAACCUGGAGAACAACAAGAAAUGAGCAGCCAAAGUGAAGUCAGUGAAGACAGAAGCAAAGAUUUAGUUAGGAACGAGGAUGCUCCCUCAAGUGUUGAACCUAGUGAUGUAAAAGACGCACAAGUGGACUCCUGUUUAGACUCACAAAUGACGGCCUUGUCCAUGCAAGAAACUGCAACGGAGAAGAUGGAAAGAGACACAUUUCAGGGAUCCCAGACGGAAAGAAGCAUUGAAGAGACUAGCAAGAUGCCCACACCUUCUAUGGGAUGUUCAGUAAGCCACCCUUCAGGGUGCACCCCUCUCUCAGCGAAGGAUGAGAAGAAGUCAGAGCCUGACAAGAGGCAUCCACCUGUGUUUCUGAAGGAAAUCGACAAAGAUGGCAACGUGACCGUUGUCAGCGAUCACUCUACAUCAGCUGGAUUCCACUUCCUGAACUCCCUGAUGUAUGAACUUGACUAAGAAGAGGGGUUUUAAAAUCCCUCAAACUAGCUGCUAGUGAUGGUUGAGCAAAACAUUUGUGAUUGUGACUUUCGUUUCCAGUGUCAGUAAUAAUAUCUAAUAACUAUUAUAAACACAUUUUAUUAUCAUAGUGCUCAAUUCUACAUUACUAUAGUAUAUUGUUUAUACUAAAGCACUAAGUGUAAGUGUGCCUAAUAUUGUGGCCAAAUUGUAUAUGUUAAUGUUUUUAAAAUUCCUGCAAUAAACUU